AUGUUCAAUAAAUUGCUAUACAAGUUACUAAAAUGUAGGGAGAGAAAGUUCUUUGCCAUAUAUUGGAAAAAAAGGAGUCUUGUGCAUGUCAGAAAGAAUAAGAAUGCCAUCUGUUCUUAUGAUACAUGUCAAAGAACAAAAAGAAUUCACUACCUUGUGACAUUAAUAAGUCAUGGAAACAGGAGUAAAGGAAAGAAUGAUAUGUUAGACCGGGUUGGUAAGAAUAGAAAUAAUACCAGAAAAUGUAGUAGAACCAUUGCAACUGCAGGUAGGAGUAUGAUCCAAGAAGGACUAACACAAUUUACUUCCCCAAACAAUGACAAGCAGAGCCGAUUUGAGGAUACCACUUCAAAUAGCACAGGUGAAAUGAAUUCAAUUGAAAAAAUUUUAGAUGAAACAAAUUCUAUGAUAUAUGUAAAUGAAAUAUGCUUACAAAUGGAUAAAAGUAUAUUAAAAUGUCAAACAUAUGAAGAUAUUUUAUCAAUACUGAUAACUCACAGGGGAGCUUUAUUUUUACAAAACUUAAUAACAGUUAUACGUAUGUUAGCAGGUUUAGUAAUUGAGGAAAGAAAGAAAAGGAAAAAUAUGAACGGAAUGCAUAUAACAUUUAGUAAAUAUACGAAUAGAUAUGUGAAUGCAGAAGGAGGUAACAACAAUUUAGAUGGAGGAAGACACAAUGAAAAGGGUGACAUUUUAAAUAAUAACAUAGAACAUUUAUCAAACGAAAGUAAUACUACCGAAUUGUUUAAAAAUAAAAACAUAACUGGAUUUGACAAGAUAGAAAAAAGUCUAAUAGAAAAAUAUCAACACAUAUUCGAUGUAUUAAAUAACAAAGAUUUGCUAGAAAGUGAAAAUAAUUUCCAAAAUAACAGAAUGUUGGAGGGAAUUAUUGUACGCGAUGAACGAUUUAAUUUACUAAUAGACGAUAUAUAUAAAAAUAGAAAACAUUUUGAUGUAGUGUCCAUAUGUCACAUUUUGAUAUCACUUAAAGAAUUAAAUUACAAACACUUCCUUCUUUUUAAUUCAUUUAUUAAUCCUUUGAAAAAUUUUGACAAGUACAUUAAGGAACAAUUUGAAAGGAGCAAUCAAAAAAUUGCUCAUAUCCAUUCGGUUAUUCAAUUAUUAUUACAGUGUUUUAAUACCUAUAUUUGGGCUGGAUAUUACAAUCUAGACAUCUAUAACAGAUUAAUAAAUUCGAUUUUGUUAAAUAAUUUUAUCCUUAUAAAAAAGGAAUUUAUAUACGAACAGCAUUAUGAACAAUUUGAAAAUUACAACUACAUGAAUUACAAAUAUGAUGUAAAUUAUCCUCUAUCUAGUAAUGAAAUAUUCACAUUACUUAACUUGAAUGAAAAUUAUUUUUCAAAAAAAAAUUUUUUAAUGGCUCCUUUGAGUAUUAUGAUGGAUGAAGACAAAUCGAACAUCAACGAAGAAGAGACCUACCAUAAGGAUUGCAAAACGGAAAUUCAGUUAAAUGACAAAUUGUCUCAUAGGAAAAGUAGCCAAUUGGAUGAGAAUAAAAUAAGCUUUAUACAAAAUCCAAAUCUUAGUACUAGGGAAAGUUUUACCAAUGAAGUUAAAUGUGUAUUUCCAAAUGAAUCUGAGUCUAUUAUUGCAAGGGGUGAAGAGAGGAAAAAAAAAGAGAUACCUUGUUACUGCUGUCCCAUUUUCCUAAACCUUGAGUUAUUUCUCAGAAGUGUAGAAAUAUAUAAAAAUAUUUAUGUAUAUAAUCCUGAAUUUUUCAAAAUUUCUGAAAAAGUUGUUUAUUACUAUACGCAGUAUUUAUCACCAUUCAAUCUGAGUAUACUAGCUGAUGCUUUUUCCAAACAUCGAAUUUUUGCAAUAGAACAUGAUCGAUUUUUUUAUCACAUUUCAAAAUUAAUGGAGAACAAUUUUGAUAAAUUUUCCUAUGAAAAUAUUUUUCUUAUUCUAAAUUCAUUCAAAAGGAUGAAUUUAUUUUUCGAAAAAUGUAUUAUUCUAAGUGCAAACAAAUUUGAGCCAUAUUUUCAUGAAUUGUAUAUAAACAGAAAGGAGGGGGUCUUAACCUUAAAACAGGUUUCUGUUUUGAUUGAAUCUUUGUCCUUUUUUGAUUUUCAUCACAAAUCAAUUGAUCAAUGUAUCAUAGCAUCUGUGAACUAUUUGGAAGAUUAUAUUGAUGAGAUUGAUGAAGAAACAUCAAUUAAUAUUUCCUACGCAUUAAUUUUAUCAAAUCUAUAUCAUAUCAAUACAUACUUCUUUUCAUUUAUUUGGAGAAAAAUUGCAAAAACAACUUAUUGGGAAAAAAAGAAAAAUCAAGUCUGUUUGUUAUGGUUAUCUCACAUGAUACAGUUCAAAUGGAUGGAAUAUGAUUUACCAAAAUUCUGUGUCUUGGAAUGUUUGAAAAUUUUCUAUUUAAAAAGAAAGGAAAAUAUGUUCUCCUACUCCAAAAUUAUAUCAUCUGUUUCGCAAAUAUUAGAUGAACUACAGAUUAGACACGACGUUUCAGUUGAUAUUUAUGGCCCAUAUAUAUUGGACAUUUUGAUAACGGGGGAUAAAAGACAUGUUAUAAUGUUAACACAAGAUACUACAAGAAAUGAAAUAAAUAGACAGCUAGGAGAUUCCAAAAUUGUUUCCUUCCAUUUGACUUUGUAUGGUUAUAAUGUAAGACCACUCAAUACGAAGUACUUCGACGUCUUAAGUCACUCCGGCAGGCUCGCAUAUGUGCGCGAUAUUGUAUCGUCCUUUUGA